CUUCUAUCUGAUUUCUAUUAUAAUUUCUCUCAAUUGCCUUCAAAUUUCUCUUUCAAGAUGCAGAUCUUUGUGAAAACUCUCACCGGAAAGACCAUCACCCUAGAGGUGGAAAGUUCUGAUACAAUCGACAACGUUAAGGCUAAGAUUCAGGAUAAGGAAGGAAUUCCCCCGGAUCAGCAAAGGCUUAUCUUCGCCGGAAAGCAGUUGGAGGACGGACGUACUCUAGCUGAUUACAACAUCCAGAAGGAGUCUACCCUCCAUUUGGUGCUCCGUCUACGUGGUGGUAUGCAGAUCUUCGUUAAGACUCUUACGGGUAAGACGAUUACCCUUGAGGUCGAAAGCUCAGACACCAUUGACAAUGUUAAGGCAAAGAUCCAGGAUAAGGAAGGCAUUCCCCCAGACCAGCAGAGGUUGAUCUUUGCAGGGAAACAGUUGGAAGAUGGCCGCACCCUAGCUGACUACAACAUCCAGAAGGAGUCUACCCUACAUUUGGUCCUCCGUCUCCGUGGUGGUAUGCAGAUCUUCGUUAAGACUCUUACCGGAAAGACCAUCACUUUGGAGGUGGAAAGCUCCGACACCAUUGACAACGUGAAGGCUAAGAUCCAGGAUAAGGAAGGAAUUCCCCCAGACCAGCAGAGGUUGAUCUUCGCUGGUAAGCAAUUGGAGGACGGCCGCACCCUAGCUGACUACAACAUCCAGAAGGAGUCUACCCUCCAUCUUGUCCUCCGUCUCCGUGGUGGUAUGCAGAUUUUUGUUAAGACCCUCACCGGAAAGACCAUCACUUUGGAGGUUGAAAGCUCAGACACCAUUGAUAAUGUCAAGGCUAAGAUCCAGGACAAGGAGGGAAUUCCCCCAGACCAGCAGAGGUUGAUCUUCGCUGGAAAGCAAUUGGAGGAUGGCCGCACCCUAGCUGACUACAACAUCCAGAAGGAGUCCACCCUUCACCUUGUCCUCCGUCUCCGUGGUGGUAUGCAGAUUUUUGUUAAGACCCUCACCGGGAAGACCAUCACCCUGGAGGUUGAGAGCUCCGACACCAUUGACAAUGUCAAGGCCAAGAUCCAAGACAAGGAGGGUAUUCCCCCAGACCAGCAGAGGCUGAUCUUCGCUGGUAAACAGCUUGAGGAUGGCCGCACCCUUGCGGACUACAACAUUCAGAAGGAGUCCACCCUUCACUUGGUGCUGAGGCUGAGGGGAGGAAUGCAGAUCUUUGUGAAGACCUUAACCGGGAAGACCAUCACCUUGGAGGUGGAGAGUUCUGACACCAUCGACAAUGUGAAAGCUAAGAUUCAGGACAAGGAGGGGAUCCCACCAGACCAGCAGAGGCUGAUCUUUGCUGGUAAGCAGCUUGAAGAUGGACGCACCCUUGCCGACUACAAUAUCCAGAAGGAGUCCACUCUGCACCUUGUCCUCCGUCUCCGUGGUGGUUUUUAAGUUGCCUGUUGUUGGUUGUCGUGUUGUCUGGCUGUGUCUGUUGCCCAUUGUGGUGGUUAUGUGUUUGCAUUAUGGUCUUAAAGGAUCAUCAAUGCGUUUUCGCUUUCUGUUCCUUUCUGUCUCUCAUUUGUGAAUAAUAAUGGUGUCUUUAUGAA